CAGCAGUUAGUGUAAUCAUUUGAAUAACAUCAUUAAGAUCUCUAAGAGGUGGACAAAAAACAAUAGGCAUAUUUAUAGAGAUGCAGGGGGGCUUUGUUGGAGGUAUAUGCUUCCUUGCCUGUCUGUUAUCUUUGGGUGUCAAAAGUCAAAAUGUUUUAAAUUCCCAAGAUCGUAUUGAUGCUACAACCGAACGAGCCAGUCAAUCAUUAUUCUACACCGAUAAAGAUGCCCAAGGGGAAUUAGACGCAAGGAGUUCAGCCUAUGCUAGUCCAAGUGCCUCUUCAGAAAGCGCAAGGGAUUACGGAACUAAAGAAUUACCUUACAAUUAUCCUCAUAUAGAUCAUAAAUCUCCAUUUGCAAAGGUUCUUGCAGGGGCAAUAACCCCUUAUGUUAAUGAAAAUGAUAAAACUGAACAUCAAACUGAGAAUUCAGAAAACGAUGAAUUGGUUACCCACGGUUUCGAUUAUAAGAACGCUAGACCUGAAUCCCUUUCUCAAACUGCAGCAAAUAACGAACAGUUGGGCUUUUUAUCUUCGGGGUCAGAAGCAAAUACACAACUUACAUCAAGAGAAGACACUAUAUCUAGAUCAGCCCAAGAGGAAGACGAAGAUCUAAGAAGCAACUGGGGACAUGAUGCACGUGCUUUUACAGGAGCUGUUUCCAGAGUGAUUUCGCAGAAAAAUUUUAUCAUACCAAACACAAUACCAGGUGGAGAGAACAUCAUCGCUUGUACUGAAGAGAACCAAAUUCACACUCUUUGGACGCCAGUUUUACAGUGCUUGGUUUGUGUGUGCAUUAGAGAAGGGUGGUAUUUAAAAGCAGUGUGUGUCAGUUGUAACAAAUGUGAGGAACCGGCACCACCCAUGCCAGUUCCACCGCCAUUUAUACCAACACCUCCACCACAACCAGAUUCUCAAGCGUCCUGCGCGCCAUUACCUGAGAACGUCCCGUUCCAAAAUCCGUUGAAUCAAUGCCAAAUAUGCAUAUGCAAGAGGAGUACCAACGUGUUUGGUCAGCCCGAUGUUCUGAUUCAGUGCGAAGAAAAUCCUCAAUGUCUACCUCCUCAACCUGAUGUUAAGCCGACACCCCCUCCACCAUUGCCGCCUCAACCCUUACCGUUGCCACUCUGCGAGAGAUAUCCACUGGACACAAUAUUCCCGCAUCCCAUAGAAAAAUGUAUGAUCUGCAAGUGCGUCAUGGAAGCAAAGCCGUACUCACCACCUGAGAAGAAUUUAGUCUGCAUUCCAGACCCUCAAUGCAUUAUGCCUGACAUCAUACCGUUACCACCAUAUCCCGACCCCUCGCCACCACCGGCGCCGCAGCCGCAGCCAUUUAUACCACCGGAUAUUGAACCAAUUCCGUGGCCACCAAUAGUUCCAAAUAAACCGAAGCCACCUAGCCCUCUCCCUGGACCUCCGCCACAUGAAUCAUGCAGGCCCUAUCCACCAGACCAACCCUUCCAGCAUCCAUGGGACGAAUGUCAAAUAUGUGUAUGCAGCGAGAUCUACGGAACCAACGUCAUAAAUAUUGAAGUGAACUGCUAUACGAAACCAGCUUGCUGUAUCGAACCGCCUAUUUCAGAUCCAAACGCAUUGCCAUUCAAUCCUGGUCCGCACGUAACGACUUUAGAUCCAAUAUGCGAAUACCAAAGUCUGUCCGUUGACUUCACACAUCCAAAGGAUGUGUGUAAGAUCUGCCAUUGUGAAAUGUUUGGUAAUAUGAUUGUCCCUAUAUGCAGACCGACAAAAGACCCAGGAUGUAACGUCGGGCCUGGUAAGCCAAACAUACAUAAGGAUGUCGUUUACAUUGAACCAAGAUGCCGGUACCGAGCUCCACAUGAAAAGUUCGUCAUAGACUGUCAAGUAUGUUCUUGUCAGGCAGUCUUCCAAUAUGUCAUCUCCAGAUGCAAUCCAAUACCAAACUGUGGUGUGCCAUCUUAUCCAUCGAUUACACCAGACGGUAACGCUGAUGCUUUUGCUCAGUCCUUUGCUUCAUCCAAUGCACAAGGUUCAGAAGCUUAUUCUGACGCAUUAGCAACAGCUAUUGCUCAAUCAGGAACUGCCAGCUAUCCUCAACUUAUCAACUCCUUAUAUAAUCCUGAUGAUAUUUUCAUUAAGCCAGCAGGAAAUUUAAAUUAUCCACCUCAUCCUGGUAGUAUGUCUAAUGCACAAGCCCAUGCCGAAGCAAUAGCAAAUACCCAAUCUGGGGGGUUGUAUGGUAACUAUCCUAUGUAUCCGGGUAGUAGCGGUCAAUCUAUUGCACAAGCUCAAGCUGAAGCGUCCGCAAAUGUGCAAACCGAUUGGUUAUCACCUUUUGGACCAUUAGCCGUUGUUCCCGGCAGCAGUGCUCAAUCAAACGCACAAGCUCAAGCUGAGGCGAUAGCUAAUGCACAAAAUAGUGGAUUAUAUGAUAAUUUUCCUUACAAUAUCGGAAGUCAAUCAAUUCCGCAGGCUCAGACAAUACCAAACGCACAAGUGAAUGAAUUAUCCCCUUAUGGUAUAAAUCCCUAUACUUUUGGAGGUAAUAAUCAAGCUGGAGCAGCAGGCUUAUCUCCAGCUAAUAACAUGUUUCCUUAUAUAGCUUCGGGUCCAGCGCAAUCAAGUGCGCAAGCUCAAGCUGAAGCACUAGCAAAUACCCUAGGUAGUCAAUCUUACGCGCAAGCUGAAGCUAUUGCCAAUGCACAAGCGAAUAUUUAUGGGCAAAAUCCAUCUUUUCCCUAUUUUCCGAGUAGCAACCAAGCCUCCCAGUUGAAUCCUAGUAUAUAUGGCUUCCCGGGUAGUAGCGCAAAUACUUUACAUCAACCUGGACUUCAAGGAUGGGACAGCUCAUCACAAGCACAAGCUCAAGCACAAGCACAAGCACAAGCGCAAGCAGCACAAGCGCAAGCAGUAGCUAAUGCUCAAAGCUUAGGACAAUCAUUCGCACAAGCUCAAAGUAGCGCAACUGCACAAAGUCUUGCACAGGAAUCUAUUCUCACGGGAAGGCCAUUAAUAAAAUCAGGACCAGGCCUUUGCCAGUACGACGGCGACAAAUAUCAUCUCAACUGUCAAGCUUGCUACUGUUUUAGUGACAACAUUGGGGGCCUUUACACUUUAUGUUUGGGCAACUCUUGCGCGUAACUCGGAUCAAAGGUUUAGAUAUCGGAGAAGAUGAUACUCUUGCGGCGGAGAAAUAAAAAGUUCAAUUCAAUUAGACAAUACGACAAAACAAAUAUAAAAAGGAAAUGUAUACGAUCUUGACUACAACAAAACAAUGAAUAAGCCAGUAAUAAAAAUGUUUUCACGAUAUAAUAUGA